CUCGCACUGCCAGACCAAGCCGCUGACCCAUGUUGCCAGCUCUUGAAUCGGCCUCGCCCAGCUUUUGACCCCUUCCAUAUCCGGUUCUUUGGUUAACGGUGUAGGAGACACAAACAGACGACGGAGCACCGCUCGGCCAGACUGACUCUGGAAGUGUAGAGCCAACCAUGCCGGCCCCAUUUGCGUCUCCGCCGUUCGAUGGACCGUCCACCCAACUCGUCCAGAGCGGCAUGGUGUCAACAACGCAGAUCGUCGAGGGUACAGGCUCGUCGAAUAUCGAGCACGUUGUUUCAACUCAACCAGUUAUCCCGGCUGAUGAAGCUUCGAGCUCUGUCCCUCUCAUCCAUGAAAACAUCUCGCGGACCCAUCAGUCGAUGCUUUCGCCGAUUCGAAGCCCCGCGUUUCAUAUUCCCGGCGGCAGCCGCUCCAAGAUAAAGAAGGCUAGCCCGGCCGACCUCCUAGGGGAAGGCGCCGAUGUAUUUGAUGAAUAUGAAUCGACACAAACGAAGAGCGAGCAGGGUUCGUCAAAGCUGAUACUUCCAUCGCCUGAUCUGCUGGACGAUCGCGGCUCAGGAGCCAACCGAGCGACAAGUCUUCACAGCAGCGAGCCUCAAACCCAGCCUCUGCAGCCCCAACAUGACAUUGGAAGCUGGCCAGACGAGGGUUUUGUCCAGAACAACUUGACCGAAACCGGAUUGGAUCUGGAGCCAACUCUCUUGAUCGAGGCGGACUUGGACGGAUUCCUGUCGUCCAGAUCCGCCAAGAGCGGGCGGAGCGUCCAUGCCACGCCAGACCCUGCGAUAGCAAACGAACGAGGGGCUCUGCUACAUGGCGAUCCUGGCGAUGGCAGAACGAAUGGGCCAAAUCCAAACGAAGAAGCCCAGCCGGAUGCUGAUAUCGGUGUCGAUCGUGUCCAGAAGAACAAUGCCCCAGUCCAAGCUGACGAUGGCAUUGACUCGAUUGCACACCGGGCAGAAGAGAUUCCAGGCCAAGUUGAUCCACAUGCUCUGUCUGACACACCUGGCGGGGUGUGGAUGGGCUCGGAAACGGAAAGUACGACCGUUCCCAUGAACAUGGCCCUCCAUCUGGCCGCGGAGAGGACAUCAACUAACCGGAUCACCAAUCAGGUCGCUGAUUCGUGCGUCGCCGCCCAAUCAAACUGUCACCAUGCACAAGAUGCCUUGGCAUCAUUUGCUGAUAUUCACGAUACUGGUGACGGUCAAGACUCUGCUGCCAAAUCGAGAAACAAGAGCGUUCAACGAAACAGCCCUUCAUCCAGCCCAAACCCAAACCAUUCGUCAGUGUCCGAGCGGCAGAAUUCCAGCACGAGUGAUGGUGCGACACUAUCGGCUCAUCAGUCAAGCACACCCGAUGUUAUCAACGAGUCAAAAAUUUCGGAUGACAAGACGGACAAUGAGGUGCAUCGUGUUUCUCAGUCCAGCUUUCAGUAUUCAGUGCCUCCAGUGAACGCAGAAGCCGAAUCAUUCCGCGGAAAUUCACAGAGGGGCCAAGCAAAGAAGCGUUUGGCAAAAUCUGCAAUCUCAGGUCGUCGAAAGGUGCCUGGUAGGUGGGAUGAGAUUUCCGAUUCGGUAAUUCUUUCCGAGCCCUCGGUGGUCCUCGAACAUCGAGCAGCAGCAAGGGCUGUCUCUUGGCGGACAAGUUCAUCAACAACAACCAGCACCCGAAGUAGUCGAAGUAGUCGAAGUAACAGCAAGACAUCCGAAGUUUUUGGCAAAUCAACCGCUGUCGAAGACGAGGAGCAACGGGUAUCAGAGCUCUGGGCCUCACACUCGAUCAGCCAGGCCCCAGACACAGCUACACUGAAAAUAGACGACAUUGCCGAGAUGGGUUCAUAUUCGGAAGCGAAGGAGGCAGCCGAGAACAUCGAGAAUGUGACUGAAGAGGAGCAGGCCUCAGUUCAUAUCACACGAAAUGGCGCCAGCGACAGCUCGGAAGGCCCACAGCACGAGACUUUGUCGCAAUAUACCCCUGCCCUGACAGUGUCCUCGACACUGAGAUCAGUGUCCACUGCUCAAAGCGAGGGUGAUGCAAAUGCCACUCUGACUCUGGGCAAAACUCGGAAACGCAAGGCUCGAGACAUCUCAACAGCAGCUCGACAGUCAAAGCGAAUAAGGGACCGCAGCAACCAAGAAAGUGCCUCUCAGAGAACACUGCCCCGUGGAAACUCGGGUCUGUUAACGGACGAGGAGCAGAAUCAGCAAGCCAUUAUGAACCCCUUGAGCAGCCAGUCGGUACAGCAGUCGCAAGAUAGCUGGACGAGCUCGGUUCGAGCGCAGCGAUCGUGGACAUACGGCACGGAUGAUGCAAAGGCGAUUCACACAGAUAUAGCUCCAAGUGUCAUGUUUACUGGAAUCGAUGAUGAGUCACGUCGGGCGAUCGUAGAGGAUCUUGGUGGACGAGUCGCAGAUUCAUGGGAAGACUGCACACACCUGGUCACAGACAAAAUACGACGCACAGUGAAGUUUUUAUGUGCGCUUUCCGCUGGUCGGAACAUUACGAAAAGAAGUUCAUUUUACAAGAUAAGGAAGGCGAGAAGGCCCAUAGUUUCUCGCUGAGGUCUUCCCUUGCACAGACUCAGAUGCAUCCAAGUUCGCUGAUGAAGGGGCUGCAGUUCUAUGCAACAAAAAAUAUUAAACCUGCGGAAGACGAGCUGAGGGAGAUUGUUAG